AUGACGACGAUGCGAAACUGUAUGCAAGGGCUGUUCCGCAUAUUCCAACGAGAUCCAGACCAGAACAAUGCCCUCAGGGAAUGCGAGGAGAGGCUGCGUGGAUUGGAGACCGAGUUGGACGAAGAGAAACGCCGCCACGCCGACGCGCAGAGGAACUUGCGUGAGUCGGAGAGUCGCAUCAAGGAAUUGACCUUCCAGUCCGACGAGGACCGCCAGAACAACGAGAGGAUGAAAGACCAGGUCGAGGAACUCAAGCAGAAGAUCAAGACCUGCGAGAGACAGAUCGAGGAUGAAAAAAAGAUCGCCGCCACCACUCGGGAAAUGUACGAAAAACUUAAACGGGAGAUGAACAUAGAAGAAGAUAACAAAGAAAAAACCGGCCAGGCCGUCUCCAAGUUGCGCGACGAGGGCCGUGGCGGAUCCGCAUCCCAACUCUCAUGA